GACCUCCCCGCCCCCGGAGGCGGGGCCGCUCGCAGAGUCUACUGGGGCCGAGGCCUGGCCGCUGGUGUCCCCGCGGAGGCCAUGGACAAAGAUCGCGCCUCUGCCCGCCUGCGCAUCUUGCUGCGACACCUCGGCGGCCGCUCGGCCGGGGCCGUCAUAGCUCAACCCACCUCAGAGGGUGUUUCUCCUGCCAGUUUCCAUCCUCAACAAUUCCAGUAUACUCUGGAUAAUAAUGUUCUAAGCCUAGAACAGAGAAAAUUUUAUGAAGAAAAUGGGUUUCUUGUCAUUAAAAACUUGGUAUCCGACGCUGAUAUUCAACGCUUUAGGCGUGAGUUUGAAAGAAUCUGCAGAAAUGAGGUGAAACCACUGGGACUGACGGUGAUGAGGGACACGACCAUUACAAAGUCAGAGUAUGCGCCGAGUGAGAGAACGAUCACCAAGGUCCAGGAUUUCCAAGAAGAUGAGGAGCUCUUCAGAUACUGCACCCUGCCUGAGAUCCUGAAAUAUGUGGAGUGCUUCACUGGACCCAAUAUUAUGGCCAUGCAUACGAUGCUGAUAAACAAGCCUCCAGAUACUGGCAGGAAGACAUCCCGGCAUCCCUUGCACCAGGACCUGCACUAUUUCCCUUUCCGGCCCAGCAGCAGCAUCGUCUGUGCUUGGACGGCCAUGGAGCACAUUGACCGGAGCAACGGCUGUCUGGUGGUGCUCCCAGGCACACACAAGGGCACCCUGAAGCCACACGAUUAUCCGCAGUGGGAGGGAGGAGUGAACAUCAUGUUCCAUGGGAUCCAGGACUAUGACAAAGACAAUGCCCGGGUGCACGUCAUAAUGGAGAAGGGAGACACCGUUUUCUUUCAUCCUUUGCUCAUCCAUGGAUCCGGUCGCAACAAAAGUCAAGGAUUCCGGAAGGCAAUUUCCUGCCACUUUGCAGGUGCUAACUGCCACUAUAUCGAUGUGAAGGGCACCAGUCAAGAAAAUAUUGAAAAGGAAGUUUUAGAGGUAGCCAGGAAACGCCAUGGAUUGAACGAUGCCAGCCUGAGCCUGAAGGAUGUCUGGAUGCUGCGAGCACGCCUUGUGAAGGGACAAAGAGUCAACCUUUGAAAAAGCCUUUGCGUGAACUCUUAAAGAAAACCAAGACGGAACAAGGUGUCCAAGGAAGAUGUUUUCUCAACGAGAUAAUGUAAUCUUUGUCCACUUACUAACAAAAUCAAAGUGCAUGGAUCAGGGUACUUAAUUGCAGACGGGCAAUUUUGCAGUAUGGUGGUGGAGUGGCUUUGAUGGAUGUAAAAACAGUAAAAAUGAAAUAUUACCGUUUUAGGAAAACUUGGGGUUGCAGCUAAUAAAAGUGAUUGAUGUAUGA